AUGGGUGUGGUGAAAAAUAAGAAAAAUAAAAAAUAUGAGAAUGUGAAAAAUGUUAAUGGAAAACAGAACAAGGAUGAUGCUAAAGUGAAAAAGAAGAAGAGAGUGUCGUGUUUACAAUGUUUCAAGUCGCCAGAUGAUGGUGGUUUAGAAGGCAAAUAUCGGGUCGCGGCACCUGAACUUAUGCAGGACACAUUUAUGAGUGACUCCGAGGACGAAGGCGGAGAAGUAGAGUGCCCCAUACAACAGCAGCAGCAGUACCGCUACAUGAACAGCGAAGCAGGGACACUGAACCGGGCGCGCCCGCUCGAGGACAGUGUUACAGAUGGACACCUGUGGCCAAGUAACAAUGACAGUCGAGUCGCCACUAUGGAACGACAACCGCUGGAUAUUGGAUUCCUGGUGUCGUUCGUGGUGGAUGCUCGCGGGGGCGCGAUGAAGGCGAAGAGGCGUGGAGGAGUGCGCGUGAUCGUCCCUCCCGCCGCUUGCGCGGCGCCCACCAGGGUCACUUGCAGAGCUGCAACACGACGUGCACCUGUGGCCGCUCCCCCACCUCUGAUGGAGGGAGAGGCGCUGGCUUCAAGAUUACUGGAAUUGCAACCUCAAGGAGCUAAGUUCUUGGCGCCAGUUAUAAUCGAAGUGCCGAUCUUCACGGCGUCGUGCCCUGAGAGAGAGAUUGUUAUAUUGCGGUCUGACACCGGCGAGACCUGGCAAGAUCAUUAUUUGCAUAAUAAUGAUAACCCUAUGAUACAGGAAGCUCUAACCCGCGAGAGACAAGAGCAUGGCAACGGCGGCGAGAGCCUCGGGGAGGGCGGGGAGAGGGUGACGCGCAUCAUCACGUGCGACUUCCCGCACUACCUGGCGGUGGUGUCGCGCGUGCGCCAGGAGGUGCACAUCAUCGGACCCGAGGGUGGCACUAUAUCCUCUGCGCAUAUACCACAGGUGCAAGCGCUGUUCCCGCCGCAAGCGCUGACGAAGCGCAUCCGCGUGGGGCUGCAGGCGCACGGCGCGGGCGCGGCGCUGUGCCGGCGCGUGCUGCCGCGCCUGGCCGCCGCCUCGCCCGUGCUCACCGUCGAGCCGCGCCGCCGCAAGUUCCACCGCAGCAUCACGCUCACCGCGCCGCUGCCGCACUGCCAGGACCAGAAGGUCAACACCCACGACAAACAAUCAACCGCCAACCUACGUCUUCUAUGCUCCAUCAUGGGCGGUCAAGCUCGGGCCGUGUGGGAGGACGUCACGGGUUCGACUCCACUCACAAUCACCGAUGAUUGUGCUUCCUUCACCACUACAGUGUCAGCCAGAUUUUGGCUGAUGAAUUGUCAGAAUGUUAGCGACGCUACAAAAUUGGCGACGGAAUUAUACAGAGAGAUGCUGCUGGUCCCGUUCGAGGUGCGCAUCGUGGUGCUGGGCAAGCGCCUGGACGCGCUCGAGGGCCGCCUGCUCGUGCUCUACAUCACCGACCGCUACGCCUACGACACGCUGCUGCGACAGGAGCAUUACACAGAAGUGGCGCACUCUACGGCUGUCAGGUUCCUUGACGGGAAACCUAUAUACCUAGAGUUCUCUGGAAACCUAGUUCCCGUGACAAAAUCGGGAACGCAACCUACAUUCACUUUUGAGUCGUUCAAAGACAACAGAGUUGAAUUUACGGUGCGCGUGAAACACCACGAGGAGACUCCAUCAGGAAGAAUAUACUUCAUGAAUGAACCUAAAGUGGCGAAGGGCGAGCAGAGCGCGAGCCCGGCGUGCGUGCUGGACGUGGCGCUGCCGGAGCGCAUCGCGCCGCGCGCCGCCAAGAGCCACCUCGACUGCCUCAACCUCGACCAGUCCGGCUUCGAUGCAUUGAAAGAUGAGCUGAGCUUCCAUUGGGGAGACCACAACCAGACGCACCACAGCGUGGGUCCGCCGUCCAUACCGCAAGACAUACCCGCCGCCCCGCAAGUUAACGGACAUGAUAAAUCAAUCGCUAAUGGCGAUGUGAAAUACCCGACCAAAGAGACUGAAGAUAAAGAUAGUAAACCUCACGUAAACGGUGACACUCAGCACGUUGAUUCAAAUAAAGCAAAGGCUACAUUCGAUUCGGAUGAGGACAAAACCCCAAUGAACACUUUAGAGAAAGGUAAAAAGAAACCAGAAGGUUUCUUAGGCGGACUUGCUGAUAAAGUCAAAAAUGUGUUCAGCCACAGUGAAGAAAAAGAAGAUAGUAAAGAGUCAUCUCCUAAACCGCAACCCAAACCACGUGAAUCAAAAGAAAAAACACCACCGAAACCGGCACCUCGGCUUAUCAAUGAAGAUCUUCUUGAAAAGGUUGAGGAUAUGUUCAAAAAUGUACAUACUAAACCUCAUUUAAAGGAUGACGAUGACGUCACUAACCAAGUUUACUCAACUAAACUCAUCGUUGAAGAAGAAUCUCCCAAUGAUGUUCUCAAUAAGACAGAACAAGUAUACCACCAGUAUGAGCAUAUGCAACCAGUCGAUACACCUCUUCAGUGUAAAACUGUUGACCCGUUCGAAUUCUACACUGGAUGCUGUGAUGGCAAAUAUAAGAAAGGUCAAAAACAUCGUCACGAUGAAACUUCGAAUUUAGUAGAUAGAAUCGAACAAGUUGCAUUCGUUACUAAUGAAGUCAAUAAAAGCGUGGAAAAUAAUCUUAAAGAUUCUUUAGAUAAAGCAGCAAAAGAAAAGGAUAAUAUCAAACAGCAAGCUAACGAAAUCAAAGAAGAUAUCAUUGUAAAAUCUGAAAAUUUCAAGAAUGACCUUAUUAACAGAAAAGAAGAAUUAAAAUCAAAUAUUGAAGAUGACGUCCAAAAAAUAAACAAGGAGGUAAAUAAAAAAAUAAAUGAUAUAUCCGAAUCAGCGGAUAAAGCUAAAGAAAAUACUCAAGCUAGGAUCGUUGACGUACAAUCUAAAGUGUCAUCGGAUUUUGACAAUGUUAUGUCUUCUGCUAAUGGAAAAGUAAACAACUUAUUUGAAAUGGCUGGAAAUACCGAGGAAAAAGCCAAAAGCAAAUUCCACGAACUUGAUUUCGCCGCUAUGGAACGAGCUGAAGAAAUGAGACUCAGAGGCCACGAUAAGCUUUUCCAAUUGGGAAAAACAUUUGAAGAAACAACUGAAAACAUUAGUCACGAAGCACAAGACAAGUCAAAUGCAAUUUUAAACCAAGCUAAUAAUAUUAAAGAUGAUGUAAAUCAAUCCUCUCAAAUUAUUAAAACAGAAAUACAAAGUCAUGCUGAGAAUAUGAAGGAUGCAACUAAUAAUGCUAAGAAAGAUAUCAAUAAUAAAGCGAAGAAUAUUAAAAAAGCAGCAAAAGAUACAGUAGAUGAAGCAAAGAAAGCAACUAACGAGAAAGUUAAUGAACUAAGUGAAUCUAUUGAGACAGCUAAAGAAAAAGGACAGAAAGCUGUAUCUGAUGUCAAAUCUAAGUCUAAAAAUAAAAAAGAUAAGAAAGUUAAAGAAGGAAAGAACUUCUUUACUGGUCUAGUGCAAAACAUUUUUGGAGAAAAAGAUAAAAUUGAGGAUGAAGUCAAAGAAAAGGUUGCCGAGGGCAAAGAGUCCGCGAAUAAACUGGCAAAACAAGCAUCUGAUGCUAAGAAUGAAUUGGAGGAAAAUCUUUCGAAUGAACAGGAAAAAUUAAAACAAAAUGCCGAAGCAGUUGUGCAGAGUGCACAAGAUAAAAAAGAUGAAUUAUUACAAAACGCUAAAGACAAAAAAGAUGAAGUUGCAAAAUACUCUACUCUAAUACAAGAAACAAAAGAUAAAUCAGAACAAAUAGCACAGACUGCACAGGACAAAACUAAUGAAGUAUUAAAGAGCGCACAGGAUGAAAAAGAUGCAUUAGUACAAAAUGCACAAAACAAAAAAGAAGAAUUAUUACAAAAUGCACAAGACAUGAAGGACAAUUUAGUACAGAGUGCGCAGGACACAAAAGAUUCUUUCGUUCAAAAUACGCAAGACAUAACAGAUGAUGUUCUAAAAAGUGUGCAAAGCAAGAAGGAUGAAUACGCACUUGCAGCAGAAGAAGUAGUAAAGAGUGCUCAUGAUAAAAAAGAUGAACUAUUGCAAGCGGCACAUGAGAGAACUGAAGAUGCUGUUAAAAGUGUACAAGACAAAAAAGAUGAAUUAUUACAAAAUGCACAAAACACAACCCAAGAAUUCGUCGAAAAUUUAAAUAAUAAAAAAGAAAUAAUACAAAAUGUCCAAGUUAAAAAGAAUGAAACAGUACAAAUUGUGCAGGAUAAGAAAAAGGAAUUAGAAGACUCGUUAAAUGACACAAAAGAUAUUAUUAAUAAGAAUGUACAAGAUAAAACACAACAAGCCAAGAAGAAAAUUGACGAAACUAAAGCUGGCGUCCAGUUCGCAAUCAAUGAAAAGAAAGACGAAUUGAUAAACGCUAAAAAUGCAGCACAAGAUGAGGCAGAGGACAGAUUAAAUAGGAUAAGACAAGAGGCUGAGCAGACCACUGAAGAGAUCAAAAGAGCCGCAGAGGAAACGUUGAAUGCUGUUUCAAAUAAAAAAUCUGAAGUAGAAUGUAAUGUGUCCAGUAAAUUAAAUGAAAUAAAGGAUGGUGGAAAGAGUGAACUAGAAAGGAUUCAAAAAGCAGCGAGCGAGAAGGCAAAUGAACUGCAAAAGUCAGCGUUAGAAAAGUUUGAUCAAGUUCAGGGUUCAGCCUCCAGUUCUUUCGACAAAUUCGAAAGUGCCGCGAAGGAAAGAAUGGAUGUUAGUAGGGAUACAUACGAGGACUUGCAAAGUUCUGCCAGGGACACAUUUGCGGAUAUAAGAGAUGACGUUCUGGGCCUAGAAAGUUCUUCACAGGACACGCUGCGUAGCUUUCAGAGUUCCGCGGGAAAUACCUUCGACAGUUUAGACGAAUCUGCAAAAGAAUUCAUCGGUGGUGUUCAAAAUACGGCAUCUAACGUCGACGACAGUUCGAAAGAGCUUUUCGGUAACGUUAAAGACACGUUCGAAGGUUUCGAAGUAGCGGCUGGUAAUAAACUCGAGGAUAUAAAGGGCUCGACCAAGGACAGGCUAGAGGAAGUCAAUGAAAACUUGGACAAGACUAAAGAGAGUGUGAAGAAAAGUGAGGAAGCUGUAGCGGACACUCUAGUGAAUGAAACCGACAAAUUCACAAGCAGUCUCAACGAUUUGGGGAAUUCCGUUUUCGGGAUAUCCGGGAAAGGAUUCAUGAAGGAUUCCAGCACAAAGCUGCUUGAAUCUGAAAAAUCGCAAUCCUCCCCUCACAAGAAGAGUUCAGGUUUCUUCUCCAAACUCCGCCGCAAUCCG